AUGCAUAAAUGGCGGCACUUGCACCGUCACCACCUUCGUUUGAAUACACUCCUUCGACACGCUUAUAGCACCAAUACCACCAUUGACAGUGUCCAUGUCCGCUGUGGCUCCUCGGGUCACGUCACCGUCGAUCUGCAUAAUUUCAGCCAUCUACGGCACGAUGAGCCCAUUCUGAUUUAUCUGCCGCCUCUUCCCACCCAUCCCGGCGCGCCCUCCCAGCUGCCGGCCUUCCUGCAGGGCCUGCCCGUGGCCAGCAUCCGCUACCGAUGGGACGGCCUCGUCGGGGGACGACCCCCGGCGCUGCUGGACGAUGAUGCGCCGCCGUCCUCGCCGGCCGCUCCGUGGCCCGCCCCCGUCCAUGAUGCCGCGUUUGCGUACUCGUGGCUGUCGAGGACGUUUUCGCCCCGCGCCCAGUGCGCCCGUCGCGGCGUCUACGUCUACGGCUCCUUUCUCGGCGGCGGCCUGGCCGCCUCGCUGGCGCUGACAGAAGCGCAUCCCCACGCGCGCUUCGCCGUCCGCGGCUUCGUGGCCUACAACGGCAUCUACAACUGGACCAUGUUUCUCCCCGACCACCGCAUCCACCGCCCGACGACCUCGCGCGCCGCCGCUGGCCGGACCAUCCCGCCGCAGCAGCUCAGCAAAGGCUCCCACCUGCACUUUCUGCAGGAGCAGAUGCCCGGGCUCUUUGGCCGGCCCGCUCAUCUCUUCGACGCCUUUGCCAGCCCGAGCCUCUUGUUCCACGCGCCCGGCCUGCUCGUGCCGCGCUCCUUUUCCGCCACCGUCGCCGAGACCGUCGCGCUCGACGCCCUGCUCGGCAAGCACCCCGACCCGGCGUACCAGGUCCAGCCGCCGCGCAAAUCGCACCUCGUCUUUCCCCCGCGCCGGUCGACGCUCAAGAUACCGGCCGCGCUGCUGCUGCACGACGCGCCCCCGGUGGCGCUGACGGCAUCCGGCAGGCCGUCGAAGCGCAAGUCCUCGGCGCGCGGCCGCCACAGUUUCCAGGCGCAGGCGGCCGAGCUGGCCGAGCUGAUGCGCCGCAGCGUCGACGUGGUGGAACUCAGGGAGAGGCAGAAGUGGGAUGAUGACAUGGACGGCUGGGCGGGGGAGGCCGAGAGACGCGUGCAGAUUCUGGAUGUUGGCCCAGGCACGUCCGACUAUGAGCUGAGUGUUACUGGUCAAGAAGCGGCGGUAGGAUGGCUCAAGGAUAGAGAUUUGGGUCAGUAG